AUGUUUAAGGAGGAACCUGUGCUUGUCUCAAACUGCGAUGUCGAGAAUUCAGAGCUUGCCGUUCUCAUUGGAAAUGGGGAAAGUGAGCUUGAGGAUUUUGGGACUUGCGUGGAUGAUAUCACUGAGAGAGUGAAUCAGCUUGAGCAGAAAGUUGUGGAGGUUGAACAGUUUUACUCUAGCAAAGAUGGAGCAGCUCAGACAAACACUUCUAAGAGUAACUCUGGCGGCAAAAAGAUUGCCAUUUCUCAACCAAACCUCUCAAAAUGUAACUCUUCCGGGAAAGAGAAAACAAAGGGGAAACAUGUUUCAAGCCCUGAACUUAUGCGUCAGUUUGCUACAAUUAUUCGUCAGAUAGCUCAACAAAAAUGGGCAUGGCCGUUUCUGGAACCUGUUGAUGUUAAAGGACUUGGACUCCAUGAUUAUCACAAGGUGAUAGAGAAGCCAAUGGACUUGGGAACAAUCAAAAGCAAAAUGGAGGCUUCAGAGUAUAGCAAUGUCCGGGAGAUAUAUGCUGAUGUUAGGCUAGUUUUCAAGAACGCUAUGAAGUAUAACGAACCGAAAGAUGAUGUCUUUGUGAUGGCUCAUUCUCUGUUGGAGAAGUUUGAGGAGAAAUGGCUUACCAUAAUGCCCAAAACCACUGAAGAGGAAAAGAAACAAGAACAGGAAGAAGCUCAGGAGUGUGCUAAUAAGCAGCUUGCUCUUGAGGCUGCUCAUGCAGAAAAGGCUAGAGAACUGAGCAACGAACUAUUUGAGAUCGAUAUGCAGCUGGAGAGACUCAGAGAAACAGUAGUUCAGAGAUGCAGAAAGUUGUCUACUCAAGAGAAGAAGGGACUCUCUGCAGCUUUAGGUCGUCUCUCUCCUGAGGAUCUGUCUAAGGCGUUAAAGAUGGUUUCAGAGAGCAACCCGAGCUUCCCUGCUGGAGCACCAGAAGUCGAGCUUGACAUCGAUGUUCAGACUGAUGUUACAUUGUGGAGACUGAAGGUGUUUGUGCAAGAAGCAUUGAAAGCAGCAAACAAGAGCUCUGGAGGAACAAACAACGCUCAAAACAAUAACAACAAUGCUGGAGAGAUUAACAAGAACAAUAAUGCAAAAAGACGGAGAGAGAUCACUGAUGCAAUCAAUAAAGCUUCUAUUAAAAGAGCUAAGAAGGCUUGA